GUCGUAACUGGGAAGAAACUCGAUUACCCUCAACCUCCCUCCAGACACGUUUCCUUUCACACCCCCAGCCGCCACACAAUGUCUAAAUCCACCGUUUCAGCCUUCGUCGUCUAUAUCGAUGGCUCGGACAAGAACCAGAGCUUCCGCGAGCACCCCGUCCUCGACUUCCUGUUCGACCACGCCGAGGCCUUUGACCACGGCGACAUGAAGACGGGGCCAUACACCCGAUACCAGACGGACGACUUUGUCUUCACCAAGGCCGACGGCACCGUCUUCGCCCCGGGCGAGGCGUCCUGGCAGGGCUGGCUGGCCGGCUACGCGCCCUUCACCGAGCACCUGCACGAGGCGCGGUACUGCAACGUGUACGAGCGCGACGGCGGCGCGUGGGAGAUGAUGGGCGUCGCGCACGUCUUCGCCAACCUCGCCGCCCCGGGCGAGAAGACCAAGGCGGACCUGUCGGGCCGGCUGUGGGACGUGGUCGUGCCGGGCGCGUUCCUCUUCAAGUGCGUCGCGGACCCCAGCGGGCCCAAGGGGUUCAAGGUCAAGUCCAUGACCCUGUACGGCGACGGGACGCCCGUGGUCGCCGAGAUGGUCAAGCGCGGGAUGCUCAAGCCGGAGGAUCUUGCAAAGUAG